AUGGCGACCCGUCUGCGCAAAACGUUUCGCUACCCGGUCGAAGAUGCAAACAGCGACGACAGCGAUCGCGAAGAACUGGACGAGCAAGAGCAGGAAACAAUCAUCGAGGACCUCGCGAAGCGGGACUUGGACAAUACAAUCUUCUACCGCCGCGCUUUCGUCGCUCUGCCUGCAACAGCUGCCUUGAUCUAUCUGCCCGUUCUAUUCGCUCCAGAGGCUUUCAGACAUGUCUUGCUAGCUUUACUGUCUUUGACCGCCUUGGCCGGUACAGUCUACAUCUUGCUCUGUGUUCCUUCUGCGCCAGCUGCUGUCGACAGUACGAGAUUGUCGGCUGCUAUGAUCGACGGUAGGGGUCCGCUGGACAUCGCCCUACCGUGGUUGAAUGCCGCCCUGAGUGCAGUACUUGCCCUCACUGGUGUGCUGGCUUGGAGAAGAGAUUUGGUCGAUGAAGCCUGGCGCGCCUUUCUGCCUGGAGCCAUUUUCCUCGUCACAAUGUACGCUCGCUCUCAACUGGUCCCACUCGACGUCGCGAGUCUGGAACGCCUCAAGUACAAUUACAAAGGUGCUUGA